AAAAACAAUAUUUUUCUUAAAUUUUUAGCAUCUUUCCAGAAGAACUGACAUUGAAGAUAUACUUGGAAGAAAAAUACCUGCACUAGACGUGUUUUCCAAUUCGAUCAAGUACCUAAAAAACCACUUUUUAAAAACAUUGGAGGAUAUACUACCCGAUGCAUCAAUGGAAGAUGUGAUGUUCGUUCUCACGGUUCCAGCGAUUUGGCGAGACUCGACAAAGGAAUUCAUGAGAGAGGCAGCAAUAAAUGCAGGGAUUCCGUCAAGAAGAAUAACACUAGCUUUAGAGCCGGAAGCCGCUUCUUUUAUGUGUCAAAACAUCCCCAUUGAAAAAUUGCCCAGUGGAAAAGGAUUCACCAUUUCUAAAUCAGGAACUCGGUAUCUCAUUGCUGACAUUGGAGGUGGAACGGGUGACUUUACUAUUCAUAAGAAACAGAAAAACGGUACAUUAAAAGAAAUAAGCAAAGCAAGCGGAGGUGCAUAUGGUGGAAUCAAUGUUGACAGGAAGUUUGUUGAAUUUCUCCAGAGAGUAAUGGGUGAAAAUGCAGUAAAGCAACUAAAGGAAGAGGCGACUAUUUAGAU